AUGACGAAGUAUGACACUGGAACGAUGGCAAAUCACAUGUCACUCGACCUUGCAAGAGAAUUGGGCUACGAUAUAGAUUACAUCACCGCGGUAGGAUGCAUCACUACCGACGUUACGUUCUUAGGAGAUGGAAGAGAAGAGGAGAUGACAUGCUACUUCAACGUGUUCAAGUCCCUUGCCUUCCCCGCUCUCAUUGGCAUGGCAUUUUUGCACGCGACAGAAACGCUUUCGAAAUACACCUCGCGUCUAGUGGACCUGCCGAUUGACUGCAGACGUUCGCUAAAACUGUGCUCUGUGGGUGAAGCCACGAAUCGCGUGCUCUGCAUUAUCAACGGGAAUGGCGUUACUGCACACGCAGAUACUGGUGCCGAGAUAGCGCUCGUCAGUGCUGAGUACGCAUCAAGAAAGAACCUGGUUGUUAAGAAACGCUGUGAAGAGCUGAUGCUCGCAGACUGCAGCAUCGUCCACACACUUGGUUUCACGGAUGUCAAUUGCCAGCUUAUGAAUUUAUGGCCACCCAAAACAGUACGGCUUCAUGUGUUUGCUGGCCUCCAGUAUGACAUCCUCCUGGAUGAAGAUCUUGUCAACGACUUCGAUCUUUUUAGAAAAAGGUCGUAUUCACUUGUGAACGGCAUGAGGGAGAUAAGCCCCGGCAUUGCUCCAGUCAUACACUUGGGGAGUAAACUUGAGCGCGGGUUGGCAAAUGCAGGGGACAAAAUGAAAGGCUGGAGUAAAGGUCUCUUCAAAUCAAACACGCAAAGUACAUCCCCUUCAACGGGGACAAGCCAGGGUGCUCCUGAAGGCAUCGAAGCAGCAAUUAGAGAAAAGAAGAGAGCAGAACUCCGACAGCGCAUCAAUGAUCUCGUCCAGGAACACAACAGACACCGGCAGUGGGCAAGCAAGCAAUCGUUGACGGAGGCACAAGCACAGGAGGAGAUGGACCGGCUCGCGGCGUACGAGCGGGAACGUGCAUCGCUCGACAAUGAACUGCGCGAUUUGAGCUGA